AUGGAGAACAGCAAGGUGACCACUCAUCAGCACCCGGGAACUCAGAGAAGGCAGCCAGUGAAGGAGGUGCUCCCCCUGCCUCGCCUCCCCGCUCCUGCUGCCCCCCCAUCUCUGACCCCUGCUGCUGCCUCCAGGAAGCCCACCACAGGCUCCAUCCAGCAUGUGCAGGUUGCCUCCUCAGUGGUGACAUCGUUCACUCAUCUGAGGCCUCCAGAGAGGGACCUCACGCUGAUGUCUCAGAUGAAGUCUAUAAAGUCUCUGAGGCACGCUGGUUUCACAGCGGUGUUCACUGGACAAACGAAGCUUGACAGUGAGGAGGAGGAGGAGGAGGAGGUACCGAUCGUCGAUGUGAUCCUGGCUGACAUCGACUCCCUCGUGCCCACCCAUGAUGAAAGUGGCCGCCCGAUAGCAGAGUGGAAGCGACAGGUGAUGGUGCGGCAGCUGCAGGUUAGGCUGCAGGACGAGGAAGAGCAGAGGAGACAGGACAUAAUUAACGGCUACACACCCGUGGACGGCUGGAAGUACUCCCAAGCACACAAUGCAGUCUUGGGACCCUUCGGUGAGCUCCUGACAGAAGAGGACCUUGUGUACCUGCAGCAGCAGAUUGAGUCGGUUUCCCUGCAGAAACGCUGUCAGGCCUACGAGCUGGAGCUGACCCGGCUGACCGAGGAGCUGAGAGCCAUUUUACCCGAUCCCAUUGUGAACAUUUCCCUCAACAAAGAGGUCCUGCAGCAGAUGGACUCUGAGGGGAAAAUGCACCUGGCUCUGCCGGUCUGGUGCAGUCGUGUCUCGGAGAUAGUUAGAAGCAUGUCUUUGUUGGUGGCUAAUCUGCCUCAAAGCGCUACACUGGACGGAGAAAGAGGGAUAGUGGAAGCCUCGAGUGGAUGCAGGAUACCGCACAUAGGGAUGGCGUCUGCUUUUAGCCAUCGUUUGGAGAGUAACAGCUACAGCAGGGCACGCAGGGAGAGGGUGGAGAGGGAGAUCCAGCAGUCUGGAGUGUCGGUCAGAACUCUCAGAACCAACUUCGAGGGUCAGAUUGGCUGCAUUUAUCCCUUUGCCGGGGUUGCAAAAGGAGGACAAGCGCUGCAGAGCCAAGCAACGCCGACAGGAACACCAGCCGGAAACAACACGAGUAAAAGUCUCAGUUGUGAGCUCAGCCACUGUGAGGCCCCUAAAAAACUUGUGCCUGUAAUAGAAACUACCAGCUUGAGAAAAGAACGGAUAGUGGUGCUUUUUCUCAGCCACUGGAAGAAGUCUGCAUAUGCCAUUUCGGUGAGAGCAGCGAGGCAGAGACAGGGACAGGUCGCAGCACCAGGGAGGAUGACAGCAGCACAGCCCCAGCAGAAAAUCACCUCCAUGUUCCAAUUCUGCAAGCAGCGAAGUGCUGUGGACAAAAUGCUAAACUCCUGGAAACAUAAGAUGGAAUUCAAAGAUGCUUGUUUGUCCUCUCCGGACGUCUCGCAAAAUCACAAUCCUCGAGUGAUCUACUCUCCAGAGCAAUUCCUGCCAGAUGUGGACGGCGUCGCCGUCAGCCACGACAGCUUGACCCUUGAUCUCUUCAUGCUGGGUUACUUUCACAUCUUAGAGCAAGAGCUGUCGCCCGAGGAGAGGAAGAUGAGGCACCUCCUUUGCUUCGAAGUCUUCGACCACGUGGGGAGUUUCCCAUGGGAAAAGGUGCGAGACUUCCACAGGGCCGUCCUCCAAGAGAUCCAGGCCGGGAGGAGGCAGUGGAGCGACGGCUUCGAGGACAUUAAAGCUCGCUUCUUCAAUGAAUCUAAAUCAUGUUGCUGUCAGUCAUCAUCCCAGCUGCUGCCAGAUACCAGACUAGUGCCCAAGGUGAUCGUUGAAAAUGCUACGCCAGAGGAGAGUGGCAAUGACACAGACUUCUCCUGUUUCAACAAUGAAGAUAUCUGUAAAUACAUCGACCGCAGUUUUGCUUUCUGGAAAGAAAAGGAGGCUGAACUGUUUGACUUUGAACAUUAA